UAUUCGGUUAUACAGUGGCAAAUAAUACUCUUGAGGAUGUAACAAUUAACUAUACUAAUUUUUCUCCUAAGUCAAUAUGUACUAUGGUUUUCAGGAUUAUGUUUUGUGUGUCUGUCAUUCAUUACGUUUAGUAUCUCACUAUAAUGUGAAGUAGUAAUUUAGCGGAGUUGCCAAGUUUUCGAGAAUAAUAAGACCCCCACUUUCGACGAAUUUUAUAAUAGUAAUAAUAGAACACUCAUGGGGAUUGAUUCAUGUCUUAAAUGAGAAAAAUAAUUUAUAGGAGUUGCCAAGUUUUCAAGAAUAAUAUGAAGUUUAUAAUACUAAUAAUAAUACUAGAACACUCAUUACUUACACAAGGGAUUGAUUCAUGUCCUAAAAUAAGAUGUUAAAGUAACUAUACACUUUACGUUAUAUGGCAUUCCAAGUCAAAAGAAUUUCUUCUUUUAUAACACGAAACUAAACAAGAAGAAAUGUGGCAUUUUCCCCACAGUCUACAGUGUGACAUUUUUAACUCAUGGUAAAAUUAAGAAGGUAAAGUCAUUUCAAAUAAAAAUUCCCAUCUCCGCAUUUUCUGUAACUGAGCUUUUCAAAUACAAUCGUCACAACAAAAACGAAAAUUGUUUAUUUACAUUUAUUCGGAUAUUCAAUUAAUUUAGAGAAACAAUUUGUGCAAUCUCAUCAACAUUCCUAGCAAAAUGUCCUAUGUUACAGAUGCUGUUUAAUCAUAGGUAUAAGCGGAAUGGGCUGGCAUAUUUUUAGUACUUGAGCAUUCUUCUUUUCGCAAGAGAAUUACGAGGCAAUUUCACCUAACAUUGCGCAACUUUUGACAUCAUUUAUCAACCAUUUCUAUCACAUUUGUCCCCAACUGUUGACUAAUAUCUUAACCAAAACUUUGUCAUAUCAUCUAAAUGCAACCACUGAAUCUUUGCAUCUUACGACUAUAGAGGAAUCAAUUGAUUCGUAUUAAAAUGUCAGUGCCUUUGGAGUCUAUACCUCCAUGACCUCCAACCGUCUGUCUGUGUGGCUAGUAUCCACGAUAACUUUUAAAUGUUGUAUCCGAUUCUGUCCAAACUGCAAAUUCUAACAUGUCUACCAAACAUAACAUGCAAAGGAAACACGUAUUCACAUUUCCAAUUUCAAAAGCAUUUUGACAAUGAGAUGUUGUCAAAUGUACAAUUUAAAAAAAAAAUUUAAACAUAUGAUAGCAUGACUUUACCAUCUUGGUUCUAUCAUGUUUUAACUCAAAAAAUCUAAAAUUUGUAAACUCCAUUUGCCCCAUUUGCAAUGAUAUUUUUCUUUCUUCUUCACUUUUUUAUUAGCAAACUAAUUUUCGUUUGGAUGUUAAAGUGAAAAUGGGAAAAAGCUGUCGAGUGGGAAAUAAUAAAUUAUUCCAAUGUUUUGCACCGCGGACUCUGUUUUCUGUGACCAUAUGGCCGGUGAUUUGUGUCACCAGGUACAAGCUCCUAAAUAUUAGCUGAAAGAUAUCAUAUGGUGGACAUUGUUAAUGCGUUUAAAAUUGUAACGACAUUUGGUUUGUUUCUAGGAAUAAAGCAAAUAGAAUUCCUUGUGACCAUUACAAUAUGUUGAAGGUUUAUCUUUUCCACCAAUUGAAUCAAAGACAUGUGUUUUAAUAUCACAUAGAAAGACAAGAGACCUUAGUCUUCUUCACGGUCCGUUUAUUAGAUGAUAGAGAAGGCGAGUUAUGUCUUUUUUUUUGAAUUCUUUAACGAGUUUUGGAACAAUGGACACAAAGAUAUAUUCGCCAAACUCGCAAAGAUACAGAUGCUUUAUAAAUUUAAAAAAAUUUUAUAAAAAAUCUACACAUAUUCAUUGAUGCUAAUACUGUAAAUGCCAAGUGGCAUAUGAAUUUGAUGCCUUUAUGGCAUUUUCGUCUGCACAAGUCUUAAUGAUAAUAAUGAUGUAUAUAUGUACAUACAUGCAUGCAUAAGAAUAUAAAUGUUCUCGGUACGUCCCCUUAAGUACGCUAGAAGAUGUCAUUUGUAUAAAGAUAAUCUAAUGAGCUUUUAGUCACGUUCCUUUCGUAGAUUAUUAAAGACGGAUCUGAGAAUAUUUCCCACUUAAGUGACCAAGAAAAUAUAAAAAAUUUAAGAUCUACUUAAAUUUGUGAAAAUUAUGUACUGGCACACUAUGCCCACUAAGCGAUUGCACUUAAAUGUCAAAAUAAUUAUAUCUCGUAAAUAUAUGUUUCGUGGAUUAAACACAACACUGCUUAACAAAGCCCAAAAGUGACAUAGGUGUAACUGAAAAGCAUUUCCAUAGCAACAUAUAAAAAAUGAAAUCAAUAUGAAAGCAACUGAAAGUAGAAUAUGAAUAGAAUAGCGCAGUGAAAGAAUUUUUAUAACCUUUAAAAAGGACAGAAAGAGUAAUGGCAGCAGGAAAGAAUGCAUACAUUCAAGACGGUUUAAAAUUUCAACAAUUAACCUAUUAACCUAUAGCAAAGGGGAACAGAAGAGACCAGGUUUGAAAAAAAAAAAGAAGUUAUAGAUGACACAAGUAUACUUUUCCAAAGGAAUUUCGUUGAGCUGUACGAAGAAAAGGAGCCUACCCCUAUAAAACCCUUACAAUAUGACGACAAAGAGACGAUAUUCGCUAAGCGAAUCCCGUAUAGAAGAACAUUUACAAUUGCUGGAAGAAUUGGAUACUUUGCCACUCAUAGAUAGUUGCUGUGAUAUAUGUCAUUGUGAUUGUUACAGUAGUCAUCGCAGUGAGUUGGCAGAUGGGGAAGUGGAAAAAACUCUUCAAAGCCUGCAAAGGCAAAAUGAACACUUGUCUAGCUCAGACGAUGUGAAAACUAACAUUAGCAAAAUUGACAGGGCUUCCGUAACACAACCCAAUGAGCCACAGGAUACCACAAUAACACUGCCAAACGGAAAUGCCGAAUCUUCUUUGCAAGUAACAAAACAAGAACAAUGCAAAGAAAAAAAUGGUCGUAAAAAACAUAAACCGAAGAAACGUUCUAAAAGUGUUUGUACUCGUAGCCAAAGUCAGUGUUCGGAACAUUUUUAUACACGGGACUGUGAAAUUCUUCAAAAUCUGUUAACAUCACUAGAAGAUAGACAGCUGUCUAAGCUAAAUAUUCAAGGUGUCUCAAAAUAUCCAGCCCAAAAAAAUAUGAGAUCUUCCAAGACACCACCUCCACCACCGUCGUCACUUUUGACAUUGUCGAAACAGCAAAUAAUGUCUUCACAUCAUUUUGAUAGCACCACCACCACAACAUUUGCCCCAAUAAGGCUUUCAGAAUCCAUGGCCAAUUUGUGUUUGGUACCUAGCGUAAGAGAGGCCUAUCAGAAGGUACCGGCACAUGAUAAACGGAUUUUAAAUCGAAUGGCAACUAAACGCAAUGAGCAAGCCGUCUCAAAAGAAAAUGCGUGGUUGGCACGAAAAUACUGGGAAAAUGAACGAUACGAGCGAGAGCUAUUAAAAUGCGAGCAAAUGGAGGAGUACAAAAAGGCAGUACGGGAUAAACAGUUUCAAGAUUACCUACAAACGAAGGCCCGUCUCAAUGAAAUUGCCCAAAGGGAUUUAUGCGAGCUGCAGCGUCUUAGGGAAAGUCUGCAACAGAAAGAUGCUCGUGCCAAGAAACGUUUACAAAAUUUACGUAUUGAAAAAGAACUGUCUGUCAAUCAGAAACGCUGUGAAGAAUUACGAAAAGCAGAACAUGUUAAUAUUAAUCAAGAAGAAUUGAAUCUCGACGAAAUGUUGAAAAAAAGUGAAAUAUGCCAUCGCUUAACAGAACGUCUGAAACGUGCCGACCAUAUACGCAACGAAAUAUUGGAAAAUUAUCUCAAGCGUUUACGUUACGACAACUACAUUGAACAAUUACAACAUGAAGAACAUUGGCGUGAAAUACAGCUAAGCGAAAAACUGAAACGGGAACAGUUAAAAGAAGAGAUAUCUCGUAAACGUUGCCGAUCCCAACAUUUUGUGGAAACAAAACAAAAACACAAUGAUUCCCUAAAAAGAACAGCAAAACUUUCGAAAAGUCUUAGAGAUUUAGUACGUUCGUCAGUGACACCGGAUACAGGUGUGUCGCUUUACGGCAUGGGCAGCAACAAUGCAAACAGUGUUCAAGCAGCAAAAUUAUUAUUUGAUCGUAGGCCGUAUUAA